AUGGCUGUUCAGACUGCAAUCAUGAACCCUCAGUUCAUGAAUUUCUGCUUCCCCGGCUCUGUGAUGGAGUACGACGUGGAGAAGAGUCUGGAUGGGAGUCUCCUCUGUGAGGCGGAAAAUGACGAGGACUACAGAGAGACCACCAGGGACUUGCUGAGCUUCAUAGACUCAGCCUCCAGCAACAUCAAGCUGGCUCUGGACAAGCCGGUGAAAUCCAAGAGGAAAGUCAACCACCGGAAGUAUCUGCAGAAGCAGAUCAAAAGGUGCACAGGCAUCAUAACGCCAGGAAACGUAGCAGAGGCCCCGGUCAAAAGACACGGUUCCCCCGUGGCUCAGCCCUUGCAGAGCAAAACUCCGCCUAAACGCGAUAUGGUCCAGGCCAGCUUACAGAGCAAGAGCUUGGCAGCCCUCUUCAGCCCUGUGAAGGAUAUAAGGGGUGAAAAAGCCAAGAAACCACCCCUGAGGCAUCGCAAUCUGCCCCCCUCUUUUUUCACCGAGCCUGCCAACUGCUCCAAAGUCAGCUCCACAUCUGGGAUGACGCUGAAGGACUUGGAGCGAGGCAAUCCUGAGGCCGCAGAGUUCUUCGAGCUAUUGGGGCCUGAUUACAGCAACAUGGUCAGUGAACAGGACCUUUAUCAAACUGUCCGGGUACAGCCAGAGAUGGGAGGGCCGGAUCCCACUUCCUACGAUGCUCAGCAUUUAGUUGGUGGUCUCCUCUACUCGGAGCCCUGGACUAGCUGCUCAGGACCCUCUAAAAAAGUAGGGGAAAGCCUGCGUACAGGCCUGACGCAGCCUCCUGUCUACUGUCCCUCUGAGGCCGCUUCUGGGUCCAUAGAGGACAACGCACUGUGCACUUUGGCCUUCCCAAACUUCUUCACAGACUGCUCCAUACCUCAGGCCACUUAUGAUUUAAGUGGUGGUUAUAACAGAGCUAAUUAUUCAUCUCUAUGA